GCCCCUCAAGACUUGAGACCCUCUGGAGGAGUUUUUCUCUCCCUCAGUAGGAGUUUUUCUCUCUUGCUUUGUGCAAGUCCUUCUCCCUCUUCCAUUUUCGGGUCUCUCUAAGUUUUUGUAGCCUACAAAGGUUUGGUUAAAUCCUCUCAGCAACAUGGAUCAAGCAGAUACUGGUGGUUUUUUGUAUCUUCAACUCACUUCAGUGGAGGAAGUUAAAAUCUCUCCAUUUCAACCAGGAGAUUGGACCUUUCAGAGGAGUGCAUGCGAGCCUUCAAGUCAUCUCUAAGAACUGCCUGGAAGAUGGGUCCGGUUUUAAGGGCAAGCAUGUGCAAAUGUUAUAAAUCCCCAAAAUCCGAUUACAAUCAGCAAUCCAUUCUUCAAGCUUGGAUAGAUAGGUUAAGGGUCUCCCUCUCUGUGGAAACUGAGCGAUAUGGAGUUAUCUACUUGCUUCCUGAUAAUCUUAGCGAAAUUGGUGUGGAGUACAUUGAGGGACUCUAUAUACUUGAGACUCUUUGAUGUUUGAAGUUUCUGAGCAAGGGCAAGGCAAGGUUGAUAUGCAUAAGGUAGCAUUUUUUCGGGGAGUGACGGGGGAGAUUAAUCCACCCAAGUUCACAAUGGGUCGUUCAGAUUCUCCAAAAGGACGCAAAUCAACCAAGAGUGGAAAACACUCUGCAUCAUCAGGAAGAAGAAGUAACCAAAAGUUACGCACAACAAAUGUUCAGACCAAGGCACAUCCAAUAACUUCUGGCCAGACAUACAUGAGUCAAACAAAUGGAAAACGCAAACAAUCGGACAGCAUGAAUCCAAAUGAAGAUAAUGCUACUGGAAAAUGCCUAUACAAGAAAUCAAGCACUUGCCUCAAUGACAAGGAAACAAAACAGUCCACUAGUAAACAGAAUGUUGGUAGCCCAGAAAAUUCUGUUUUCAAAAAGGAAGAUUCCCCAGAGCUUCCAACUCCCGAAAAAAUCUCUGAAACGCAGGCUACAAGCAAAGCUCGAUACCAUUCAAGAGCACGCUCCAAUAGUCCAUCACCUUCUCUCAAGAGGAAACACGAUGGUGAAACUGAGAGAGAAGUUAAAGAGAAAAUCCAAAAGAAGAAACGGAAGCUCGUUGAUAACUAAGAUGGCAGUCCUUUUGAUGAUUAGUGGCAAUUUCCAGUCGUUGUGUUAUUUAUCAUUUGAAGAUUGUAUUUUCUGUUAUUCGGGGUGAGUCAAAUAGUUAAUUGUGGAAUAAAUCGUUAAGGUAGUAUUUGAAUAAAU